AUGAAUAAAUUGGAACUUUUAAACCCAGAGACACAUAAGUACCUGAUGGACAAGGAUCCAAAAACUUGGUCAAGGGCAUACUACCAACCAGGUAGAUGUUAUGACUCAGUUGAGAAUGACAUGUGUAAGAGCUUUAAUGUUGUAAUUGUAGAUGCAAUAAAUAAGCCAAUUAUAACAAUGUUAGAAGAAUUGAGAUUGUACAUGAUGGAAAGAUUGUACAAUAUAAAGGUGAGAGGACAACAAUGGGGUAAUCAGAUUUGUCCAGAAAUAAGGGAAAGGAUAAAUGAGCUUAAAAAGCACAUGAGACAUUUUGAGGUGUUAGCAAGUGGCUUAAACCAGUUUCAAGUAAGGGGAACAACUGAGGCAUUUGAGGUUGACCUUGAUAGAAGGACAUGUUCUUGUAGGUUAUGGAAAUUGAAUGGGUACGGAUGUGUGCAUUCUACAACAUGUAUCUCAUACCUAAAUAGGGAUGUGGAAGCAUAUGUGGAUGUGAUGUUUAGUACCAUCACAUACAUGAAAAGUUACAAAUAUAGAAUAGUAGUCAUGAAUGGGAAUGACAUGUGGCCACAAACAAAUUAUAUCCCACCUUUGCCACUUAUUAGCAGAAGAAUUCCUGGCAGGCCAGUGACUAAAAGGAAGAAGGGUGCUCUUGAAAAACUUACUAGCCAUAAGGUAUCUAAGGUUGGAAAAAAAAUCAAGUGUAGCAUCUGCAAGGAGCCUGGUCAUAACAAGGCCACUUGCCCUACAAAAGGACCUAAUGAUGUUAACACAAGGAAGAAAAAAAUAGACGGUUAG